UCUUCAAAGAUGACAUGACGAUGACCAUUGCUAGGAGACGAUCAACGCGAAGUUUUUGUAGAUCAGGUGAUACUUCUAACUCUAAGUUGUGUUUGAGUUUGUGUAUCUAACAGUGAGAGGUUUUUAUCUUGCUCCGUGUCACCAGGAAAACAAAGUAAUUUUCAACAUCAGGAUGGCACGAAUGGCUGCCGAUACGUCUCCAGCGCCUUUUCCUUCGCCUUCUCGGGGUCUAUCCAUCACGGCAGGAGGCUCAUCUGCAUUGAUGCCACAGCAGACUCGAUCUUCGUCUUCGACGUCGUCGACGUCAACGUUUCGUCCACGACAGACGGUUCUAGCGCCUUACAAGCUGCUCUCUUCGGGAGAUGAUAGAGGGAGCUACUUUCGUGCUACGAUCCAGGAGAUCGACGACGGCAGUCAAAUGGCGAUGAUAACGUGGCUGCGCCCGAGUCCCCUAGAUCCAGCGGCGUCGGAGCAACCGAACACUUUCCUCUGCUCCACGGGCGCGGACGAGACACUCGAUAUGCUAAAACACGUGUCGGAGUUGCGGUGCCUUGAGGAAGGACAGAGCGGCAACACGGGUUCCACACCUGAUCCGAUCCAGAGUUCAUCGAUCCCAACAUCGUCCAACGCACCAGAUAUACUAGUUGUGAGUAGGCCAGCGCCGUCAGCGCCUGCUUCAGAGCGGUCCACCUUUGACAUUGGUGGUAAGGUUGAUAUCGACACACCGUUGAUAGAUCUAGGAUAAGUUGUACGAAUUUCAGUGGAAGUGGCGAUUCUACUUGAACCGUUGUCCAAAAGCAAAGAAGUCAAACAAAAAUGAUAAUGAACAUGAAGAACAUAAUGUAAAACUACAUGGUCGCGGUGGUCGGUCGACGCGUGUAGAAAAGUGUUGUAGAUUGAAAUGCUACAAGGUCGAGGUCCGAAGACGAAAGAUGAGACCGCAGACUGAGUUAGAGUUCUUG